CUUUGAAGCCUCCCUGAUCUCGCGUUGCCCGUUUAAGGCGGGGCGGGGCGCGGCGGGGCUGCGCCGCCCAGGGAAGCGGAUCGCGGCGCGCGGCGCGCAGAGGGGCCCGAUGGCGGAGAAGCGCGUGUCCCGCUGGUACUUCGGGGGCCUGGCCUCGUGCGGCGCCGCCUGCUGCACCCACCCGCUGGACCUGCUCAAGGUUCAUCUGCAGACGCAGCAGGAGGUGAAGAUGCGCAUGACAGGCAUGGCGCUGCGCGUGAUCCGCACGGAUGGCUUUCUGGCGCUCUACAACGGGCUCAGUGCCUCGCUCUGCCGCCAGAUGACGUACUCCCUGACCCGCUUCGCCAUCUAUGAGACCGCGCGGGACCGCUUGAGCCAAGGCACCCAGGGACCUCUGCCCUUUUACCAGAAGGUGCUGCUUGGUGCUGUGGGAGGUUUCACUGGUGGGUUUGUGGGGACCCCAGCAGAUAUGGUGAAUGUCAGGAUGCAGAAUGACAUGAAGCAGCCGAUGCAUUUGAGGCGGAAUUACUCCCACGCCUUGGAUGGCAUGUAUCGAGUGCUUCGUGAGGAGGGCUUGAAGAAGCUGUUCUCAGGUGCUACGAUGGCAUCGAGCCGAGGGGCCCUGGUCACUGUUGGACAGCUCUCCUGCUACGACCAGGCCAAGCAGCUGGUUCUCACGACUGGGUUUCUCUCCGACAACAUCUUCACUCACUUCCUGGCCAGCUUCAUCGCUGGAGGAUGUGCCACGUUCCUCUGUCAGCCCAUGGACGUACUCAAGACCCGCCUGAUGAAUUCACAGGGAGAGUACCGGGGCGUUGUCCAUUGUGCAGUGGAGACUGCCAGGCUUGGACCUCUGGCCUUCUACAAGGGCUUCGUUCCUGCUGCCAUCCGCCUGGUGCCUCACACCGUUCUCACCUUUGUCUUCCUGGAGCAGCUGCGCAAAUACUUUGGGAUCAAAGUGCUGGCCUGAGGGGGGAAGGGUCCUGCGCCUUCCAGACCCGACUCCUCCUGGGGGAUGAGAGCUAGCAAGCCACCACUGAGGCCCCGGAAGCCCCCUCCCCAUCCUCCCUGACCCCCACUAACCCAGCUGGGCCAAAGGACUCCCCUUCCUGCCCCUGGACUGGGCUCACAGUUGCCAUCUCUCCUCCCUGCACCUUGCAGGCCACCUGGGGGGGACGUGCCCUGGGAGGCCAAGGCUCCUCAGAGCCAGUCCAUCCUCUGCUCUGUGAUGGGCCCAGAGUCCCAGGGCACCCUUCUUGUUUACAGCAGAACCUGGAAGAUUCUUCAGCGAUGGGGCUCAGGCAGGGCCGGCUCCCCCAGCCCUCAGGGCAGUCGGGCCUAGUGGCAAUAUUACCCAUGGCAGCUGGGGAGGGGAUCGUUGGCUUCCCCAGAGGCUCUCAUGGGCAGAGAAAGGAGACCCAGUCUCAGGGUGCUGGGGUGCUGAACCAGUUUGAUUUGGCCCCUGCCUCCAUUCCCAUAUGAUCUCUGCCCCUGUCGGGCUGAUGGCACCCUCCUCCCCUCCUUCCUGAGCCCUGCAGGCCCUUGGCUUGCUGUCCAUGGGUGCCCCUGUUCUGGGAUGGGUCUAGCGCUGCCCCCAGUAAUACUCUCCCCAGAAGCCUGGCUCCCUCAGCCCCUCUCCCCUCCUGCUGCCUCAUGCUUUAAAGAUCAGUUUGCUCAGCCAAAAUCUCCCAGACACCCAAAGGUUGUUGGGCUCUUCAGGGAUCUGUGCUUUUUACCAAUGAUGGAGAAAGGACCCUUGCCCACUCAGCUGCCCCAGGCAGAGGGUGAAGCGCUGGCUAGGGACCAGGAGAGGAAAGUCCUUCUCCCACACACAGCCCAGCUCCUGUCCUGGGCCAGGCAGUGCCUGACCCACUGUGUCUGCCUCAAACCCACCCGGGGCGCAUGAUGCCUCGGGCCACAAUGGGGACUUGGUGGGAGUCACCUUGGAAAGUGUCUUGCGUAGAUGAAAAGUAGCUGUGGAAACCAGUCCAAACUGACCAUGCUGUCUGGCCUGCACCUGCUGGUCCAGAUGGACAGACUGAUGGGUGCCCCAGCCAUGUACCCGGGGGUUGGAGCAGUUCAGGAGAGCUCUGACCUGUUGUCUACACCCAGCGCUCACCCCAUGGCGUGCAGCAAAGUGGGACCCUGACAUCUAGCACAUUCCAGCAGAGCUGCCUUCUCCGGCAGACCGAGCCUCCUGCUGGGAGCUUUGCUAGGGCUGCUCUGCACUGGCCUUCCUGGUUGAGAAUCUGCUGUAGUGUCUGUCUAAGGGUCAGAGUGAGUUGCGGGGGCUGCUCCAGACCAGGCGAUGGACCCCGCUUGUGAAGUGACCCUGUUUGUAUCUCAUGCCUGCUCCUUGCUGCUGCCCCCAUGAGCCGCCACUUCUGCAAUGUUACUGCUGCUGCCCUUGUGUGGUAGGGCCCCUAGGCAAUGAGCCAUGUGCCAGGUGUCAUACCUGUGUGUGGUGCCCCGUGGGAUCAAAGAACUGGAGCAUUUGUAACCUUGAUAAUAAAACAAUGGAACCGCU